AUGUGGAUGAUUCGAAUGCGCCGGACUCAAGCUUGGGUCAUCAGCGCGGCGACGUCAGCUUUGAUCUGCGGUUCUCUGUAUCUCUUUUUCUUUGCGCAUCGGCGCGGCGGGAGUAUCUAUCGCUUGGUUACGGUACCGAAACCCGUGGAAAGGAUGAAUGAGCGUACAUUGGUCGUGGCUAAGACGCAAAGUGCGGACACGAACUGGGUCGAUACGCUCGUGCACGACGAUGAUCGGUUAUCCAGCGCGGUGUACACGGUUGAUGCGCCGAACACGACUGAUACUACGUUCACCGUGCCGAUAAACAAGGGCCACGAGGUCAUGGUGUAUCUGACAUAUAUCAUUGAUCAUUACUUCCAGCUCAGCGACGUGACGAUCUUCAUGCAUGCGGACCAAAUCUCCUGGCACAACAACGAUCUCAUGAACAUGGAUUCGGCACUGAUGGUCCGUCGUCUGCGAAACGACUAUGUUUACAAAAAAGGAUAUACGAACUUGCGAUGUCAACACGACCCCGGCUGUCCGGCGCAGAUUCGACCCACUCUCGCGGGUGGGAAGUAUACCCCGGAUGUGCCUGAAGCCGUGGUCAUCGGGGAGUCUUGGAAGACGUUAUUUCCGGAGGAGCGUAUGCCGGUGGUGCUGGCACAGCCGUGUUGCAGUCAGUUUGCAGUCAGUGCGGAGGUGAUUCGGCGGGUGCCGUUGAUGAACUAUGUCGCAUACCGGCGGUGGUUGAUUGAGACGGAUUUGGAUGAUAAUUUAUCGGGACGGGUGUGGGAGUACUUAUGGCAGUGGAUCUUUACGGGGCAGGCUGAAGUUUGUCCGGACGAGCGGGUCUGUUAUUGCGAGGGAUAUGGUGUAUGCCUAGGGAGUGAAGAAUACGAGGAGUUCUUUAGGGCUCAAGAUGAGGUGCGAGAAUUACAUGCGGAUCUGGAGCAUACGUCACGGGGUGAGAAGGUCAAUUCGAUGCGGAAUACGAUGGCUGCGUUACAGCAGAGGAUGGACGAGAUUAAAGCUAGCGCACUCACGAGUCAAUGA